AGCAGAGUCGCCGCUUGCCAUUGGACCGCAGAUCAAAACGGCAGCCGUCGGGGCAGGCAUUGUGCCGCGCAGCUUCAUGGGAGUUGUAGUUAGAGCGGCUCCGGUAGUCCGUAGUCUGCAGCCAGGAAGGAGAGGCAAGUAGACUACAGAUCCCAGGGUCCAUCUGUACACCUCUCCCCACCCCGAGUCUCUGGCUGCUCCGCUCGGCUCCGGGUGAAGUAUCGCAUCUCCUAUACCUCCUCUUUCCGUCGCUGAAGUGAAGUUGACCGGGGUGUGAAUCUGUAAGAAUGUUAAUGACACGGCGCUUCUAAAUUUGGUAAACACGAAUCAUUACUUCGGUCUGUUAUCGGAUGAAGAGCAGGGAAGAAGCUGCUGCUGUUGCUGCCGCCGCCACCACCGCCGCGGCCAGUCCGCCUGUCGCCCAGGCUCCUCGUCCCUCUGCCACGGCCAGUCUGGACUCACUGAUGCUGUGAGGUCGCUUCGAGCCGCUGCCCCGCACAGCAGGAUCCCGGAUCGGAGGAAAUCUCCCGGAGAACCUGCAGUCCUCAUCCCGAUGCUCCACUUUUUUUUUCUGUUUGUUUCAUUCGCUUUUUUGGGGGUCGGAGAGAUCUAAAGAGAGGGAGAGAUCCUCGCCUUCCACCGGAUCGCCUACAACUUGGUGACUUUUUAAAUUAAGGAACUUAAAUGACACCAAUUCUGACCUGAUCGACCGAGAAGGCUUUUGGUGCAAAAAUCCCAGCGAGAUGUAUCCUCAAGCCAGACAUCCCGCGCCUCACCAGCCCGCACAGCCCUUUAAAUUCACCAUCUCCGAAUCGUGUGAUCGCAUCAAAGAAGAAUUUCAGUUUUUGCAGGCGCAGUAUCACAGUUUGAAAUUGGAAUGUGAAAAGCUAGCCAGUGAAAAGACCGAAAUGCAACGCCAUUAUGUCAUGUAUUAUGAAAUGUCUUAUGGACUGAAUAUAGAAAUGCACAAACAGGCUGAGAUUGUCAAGAGACUAAAUGCCAUUUGCGCCCAAGUCAUUCCUUUCCUGUCUCAGGAGCACCAACAGCAAGUGGUGCAGGCAGUGGAGCGGGCCAAGCAAGUGACCAUGGCUGAGCUAAACGCCAUCAUCGGGGUACGUGGUCUUCAAAGUCUGCCCCUUACACAUACAGAGAAGAGAAGGUUUCAAUGCUGGCUAUUGCAGCAGCAACAGUUACAGGCCCAACAUCUAUCCCAUGGCCAUGCACUUCCAGUACCUCUCACCCCUCAUCCGUCUGGACUCCAGCCCCCAGGAAUACCAUCAGUUGGAAGCAGUGCAGGACUAUUGGCAUUAUCAAGUGCAAUGAAAGAUGAGAAAAAGCAUCAUGACACGGAUCACCAAAGAGACAGAGACUCAGUAAAGAGCUCCUCAGUGUCACCAUCAGCCAGUUUCAGAACUGCAGAGAAGCACAGAAACUCAAAUGAUUAUUCCACAGAUAGUAAAAAGCAGAAGACUGAUGAUAAGGAUUUAGCAAAUCGUUAUGAUAGUGAUGGAGAGAAGAGUGAUGAUAACUUGGUGGUGGAUGUCUCCAAUGAGGAUCCCACCUCACCACGAGGUAGCCCACCACACUCACCACGGGAAAAUGGCUUGGAUAAAUCUCGCCUAUUAAAAAAGGAUGCACCUAUAAGUCCAGCUUCUAUUGCUUCCUCCAGUAGUACUCCUUCCUCAAAGUCCAAAGAAAUUGGUCUUAAUGAGAAAUCAACUACUCCAGUAUCAAAGUCGAACACUCCAACUCCACGAUCAGAUGCUCCUACUCCAGGAAGUAAUUCCACCCCAGGAUUGAGGCCAGUCCCUGGUAAACCACCAGGAAUUGAUCCAUUAGGUUUGAGGACUCCCAUGGCAGUACCAUGCCCUUAUCCUGCUCCUUUUGGCAUAGUGCCCCAUGCUGGUAUGAAUGGAGAUCUGACAAGCCCAGGGGCAUAUGCAGGUUUACAUAAUAUCUCCCCCCAGAUGAGUGCAGCAGCAGCUGCUGCAGCAGCGGCAGCUGCCUAUGGCCGAUCUCCAGUGGUUGGGUUUGAUCCACAUCACAUACGCGUACCUGGGAUUCCACCGAACUUAAGUGGCAUCCCUGGGGGAAAACCUGCUUAUUCAUUUCAUGUAAGUGCUGAUGGACAAAUGCAACCUGUGCCUUUUCCUCCUGAUGCCCUGAUUGGACCUGGAAUUCCAAGACAUGCUCGACAAAUGAACUCUCUGAGCCAUGGUGAAGUUGUGUGUGCAGUGACCAUCAGCAAUCCCACAAGGCAUGUGUACACUGGUGGGAAGGGUUGUGUCAAGGUCUGGGACAUUAGUCACCCUGGAAACAAGAGCCCAGUCUCUCAACUGGACUGCCUGAACAGAGACAACUACAUUCGAUCAUGCAAAUUAUUACCUGAUGGUCGUACCCUGAUUGUUGGUGGGGAAGCCAGCACUUUAUCUAUCUGGGACCUGGCAGCUCCAACUCCUCGUAUAAAGGCAGAGUUGACAUCCUCUGCUCCUGCCUGCUAUGCUCUGGCGAUCAGUCCUGACUCCAAAGUCUGUUUCUCCUGCUGUAGCGAUGGUAAUAUUGCUGUCUGGGAUCUGCACAAUCAGACAUUAGUCAGGCAAUUCCAGGGUCACACAGAUGGAGCCAGCUGUAUUGACAUUUCAAAUGAUGGUACCAAACUUUGGACGGGAGGUUUAGACAACACUGUAAGAUCCUGGGAUCUCCGGGAAGGAAGGCAACUACAACAGCAUGACUUCACAUCUCAGAUAUUUUCAUUGGGAUAUUGUCCCACAGGAGAGUGGCUUGCGGUUGGAAUGGAAAACAGCAAUGUAGAGGUCCUGCAUGUGACAAAACCGGACAAAUACCAAUUGCAUCUCCAUGAGAGCUGUGUGCUAUCCCUUAAGUUUGCUCAUUGUGGUAAGUGGUUUGUAAGCACUGGCAAGGAUAAUCUGCUGAAUGCCUGGAGAACACCUUAUGGAGCAAGCAUAUUUCAGUCGAAGGAGUCCUCUUCAGUGCUGAGCUGCGACAUCUCAGUGGAUGAUAAAUACAUUGUCACUGGCUCUGGGGACAAGAAGGCUACAGUCUAUGAAGUUAUUUAUUAGGAAUGGAGCCUGAACACAAAGAUACCUUUCACUAUAGCACUUUUGUUAGAUUUGCUCUUUAUGGCUGACUUUGCAAAACAAAGACUUUAAUGUCCUUGGCAUCAUCUCUCAGCUCUGUGCUGUAUUUGAUCAUAAUUUCUGGACACAACCAUCUAGGAUCACAAAACCCACAACAUCCAGAUCUUGAGUGGAUGGGAUAAGCUUCUUCUGCCAUUAAUUGAAUGAAGGACCAGAAGGUUUCAACUAUUUAUUUUGUUUUCAAGACUUUUUAUAAUUAAUUUCACCAAAGCUCUCCUUCAGCCUUGGUGACAAAGGUUAGUUAUGCUCAUUGGGAAAGGGGAUGGAGGAUGGUACUUCAUUUCAGUAUUGAUUGAUCUUGUGUUUUAUUAACUCUCCAUUGUAUUACAAUAUUCACAAAAUAUUUUAAUAGGACUAUGAAGUUAAACAGUAAUAUUCUUGAAAUUUGCCAAAAGUGAAGCUUGUUGAAAAUAUGAAGGUAAGGCAACCAGAAACCUUAAGGUUUGAUACAUCCUGGAAUAAUCACUUGAUGCUUGAAAGUGAUUAGUGUUGCUUUUGUCAGAAAGACACAGGGUUGAAAGUAACAACAGUGAUAUAAUGCCACAAUAUAUUGCAAGCAUUGUGAAAAUUAGGGGAGAAAGAGUGUGAGAAAUCUGCAAGUUGUGAAACAUGCUGAUUGGCUCAGGUGUUUCACAUAUUGGGGAAAAAACUAAGCCGAAAGUAUUAAACUUUGCAAAUUACUUCGUAUUUUCUGGAAAAUAACUACCACUAAAGUGACCAAACAAAUCCUUUAAAAUAAAUAUUUUCAAGCAGCUUGGUUGACUCCCCAGUGCACCACAUCAUAAAUCACUUAAAUUACAUUUUGUAAUGGAACAGACAAAAACAAAAUUCAAAAUUAAAUGGCUUAUGUUAUCCAUUCUAUAUUUUAUCUAUCCCUCACAUGGUCAUCCCCUCUUUCGGGCCAUUUUCCAGAGCUUCAAAUACAUCAGUUAAUCUUUGGGAUUUUAUGCUUCGGUCUCUGCACAGGCCUUACUGGCCCUUAUCCUCCUACUCUUAACUUUCAGCCAACUUAGAAACACUUUCUACCUACUGUCAGCCAGAAUGUUUCUACUCCCUCCCAGGCUCUUAUUCUGUUUUCCUAGUCCUACCCGAGAAUCUUUGAAUUCUCUGACUACUUCUUAAAGUGGUCUUGCAAUAAAUGUUUCUUUUAUCGUAUUCACUGUCCUUAGCCAAUGAAUGGUUAUCUCUCAAUCCACUCAAAUCUUCUUCUGAAAAUUAAUCAUUUUAACUGUAAUCCCCUCUGACCUCAUUUGUCCCAGUUUCACUUCUCAUGACAUGGUGGAUCAGUGGUUAACACUACUGCCUCACAGCACCAGGGACCCAGUUUCAAUUGCAGCUUUGAGCGACU